UCAGCUGUGGGAGUGGAACUCAGACGGCAGGCAAAGAAUACAAACACACACAUUGACAUGCACACGCACACACAUGCUCAGUCAGCGUAAGUGACACAAGUGCUGGCUCCAUUCAGCACUGAGUAGACUGACUCACAGCUAUCCAUUAGCCAGCAUGCCGCAUAGAAAGAGGAGUUUCACUUUUGGAGCCUAUGGGGGAGUGGACAAGACAUUCUCCAAGGCCAGAAGCUUAUGGAAACAAGAUGGGAGUGACCCCCGAAUUUCUGCAACUCUAGAGCCCCAGCUGCUCCAUCCUAAGCUCCCAUUCACCGCCUCACCAUUUCAAAAGACCCCAGAUUUAUUUGAAAUGAUUGAAAAGAUGCAGGGGAACAGGAUGGAUGAGCAGAGGUGCACCUUUCCUCCGCCUCUUAAGACUGAGGAGGAUUACAUACCGUACCCAAGUGUCCAUGAGGUGCUGGGGAGAAAGAGCCCCUUUCCUCUUAUCCUCCUGCCACAGUUUGGGGGCUACUGGAUUGAAGGGACCAACCAUGAGCUGAGCCAGGCUGGAGACACGGAGCCUCUCCAGCCUCUGUCCCCGAACACUCGGACUAAGCUGGAAUGUAACACCCUGGCUACGAUCUUCAGGAAACAUUUCCUGGGCAAGGAACACUUUAAUUACUAUUCAGUGGACAGUGUCCUUGGACAUCUGGUGUUCUCCCUAAAAUACGAGGUGAUCGGUGACCAGGAACAUCUGCGUCUAAUGCUCAGGACCAAGCUGAAAACCUACCAUGAUGUGAUCCCCAUUUCCUGUCUGACAGAGUUUCCAAAUGUGGUCCAAAUGGCCAAGCUUGUCUGCGAAGAGGUCAACGUGGACCGCUUUUAUCCUGUCCUUUAUCCCAAAGCUUCAAGACUUAUUGUCACCUUCGAUGAACAUGUGAUAAGCAACAAUUUUAAGUUUGGAGUCAUCUAUCAAAAGUUUGGACAGACUUCAGAGGAAGAGCUGUUUGGCAACAACGAAGAGAGCCCUGCCUUUGUAGAAUUCCUGGAGUUUCUCGGAGAGAAAAUUGAGCUGCAUAACUUUAAAGGUUUCCGCGGAGGGUUAGAUGUGACUCACGGGCAGACUGGCACAGAAUCUGUCUACUGCAACUACCGCAACAAAGAGGUCAUGUUUCAUGUGUCCACAAAGCUGCCUUACACAGAGGGGGACACCCAGCAGUUGCAGAGAAAAAGACACAUAGGAAAUGACAUUGUCGCCAUCGUUUUCCAAGAAGAAAAUACUCCCUUUGUACCAGACAUGAUCGCCUCCAACUUUCUCCACGCUUACAUUGUUGUCCAAGUGGUCAACCCCUGCUCCGACAAUGUUCUCUACAAGGUGUCAGUUACAGCACGGGAUGAUGUACCUUUCUUUGGCCCCGCCCUCCCAAACCCUGCCAUCUUUAAAAAAGGCCCCGAAUUCCAUGAAUUCCUUUUUACUAAGCUAAUCAAUGCAGAAUAUGCCUGCUACAAAGCUGAGAAAUUUGCCAAAUUGGAGGAGAGAACACGAUCGGCCUUGUUGGAGACUCUUUAUGAGGAGCUCCACUUAAACAGCCAGGCCAUAAUGGGUGUGGGAGGAGAGGACGACAAGCUGGAAAAUGGGAAUGCUGGAGGAGGAGGCUUCUUUGAGUCUUUUAAGAGGGUGAUGCGCAGCAGAAGCCAGUCUAUGGAUGCCAUGGGUCUUACUUUCAAGAAGCCGCACACAGUCUCCACUAGCCUGAGCGGCAACUUUAACCACAACCCCGCAGAGAGCCCUAAAUUCCCAGGGAUAUCAUUGCUUGUCCCAGGCAAAAGUCCGAGUAAAUAUGGACGCCGAGGCAGUGCCAUAGGGAUAGGAACAGUAGAAGAGUCUCUGAUAAUCCCAGGAAAAAGCCCAACCAGGAAAAAGUCUGGCCCUUUCAGCUCCCGGCGAAGCAGUGCCAUCGGCAUUGAAAACAUUCAAGAAGUCCAGGAGAAGAGCAGUAGAGAUAACUCCCCAAACACUCAGAAGACACCUGACAGUGGCCACGCCUCUCAAGAUCCCAAAUCUGACAAUUCAUCCAAUCAGAGCUCUCCUGAGGUGCUCACAACUACCAAGAACAGUUCUUAUCUUGUUGGCAGGGCCGCAUCCAUCCCUGAGGCUCACGACCUUUCCCGCUCGUCCUCCAACGCCAGCAGCUUUGCUAGUGUGGUGGAGGAGAAUGAGACAGAGGCAACAGAGGAAUACGACACAGGCAUGGAGAGUCUGUCAUCUGCUGGAACACCACACAAGCGAGACUCCUUCCCCUACAACACUUGGCUGGAGGACAACAACAGUAACACUACUACCACCAGUCGUGGGAGCUCCCCAGGGCCUGGUAAACCUGAUCGAGCAAAGGGGAUGAAACUGGAACGAUCACACAAUCAGCAGUCCUCAUCAAACUGUUAGCUCAACUCACCUGGUAGUGUCCUGGAUCUCCAUCUUCAGCAUUCCCAUAAGUCACAAUCCUUCUGGGAGAUGAGACAAGUGCAGGCAUUUCGCCAUGACCAGUGAUGAGAAGGAAAAUGAGAAAGAAGAUGAAAAAAAGAGAAAAAACCUGGCCAGUCCACUGCUCAGUGAGGUCAAAGUUCAGCAUAUCUAGAGAAACCUGGAGGACACUGGAGUGGAUGAUGCACAGAGGGGCUCAGCUUUUGCACUGUGUUCUUUCCUUCCACUCUGUUCUUUGCCUCUUUUUUUAAAACCUGACCUUUGUUCCCAACUGCACAAAUAUAAUUGUUUUAUUUGUAUGAGAUAUUACCUUGUCUGAGUUGUCUCGUUAAAGCCGAGGUGUGCUGGUUAUACACGGUAAAGACAGUGCCAUUGUGCUCUCUGUUGAGACUGAGGGAAGGACUGUUGAUGCAACAAGUGAACUGCCUGGAUGGUUUUACCAAAUCAACCACGAUAUUGGCUUAAUGAAGAUUUCCAGUGUACGUGUUAUACAAAAUAUUUGACAUCAGAUUUGAGUAUUUUGUCACAAAAUAUCCAAUGUGAUAAAAAGUUCUAACAUUGCUGUUAAGGUGAUUAUUUUCCGGGUAAAAUACAAGUGUAACUGCAGCAAAUAACUGUGUUCUUUGCUCCAGUGCCCACUGUUACCUACCAAACUUAACAUCAUAGUUUGUGGUAAAGAUAGCAUUGUAUUGUAAAUACCUUGCAAUGGCCUUAUAAUUUAAACAAUUUCCCUGGCCUUCAGUUUUUUUACCUCACUUUUUUUCACUCACAUGUUCUGCAGCCAAUAACGGGAGAGCAGUAUUAGAUUAAAUGUGAAACUAACACAUUUAGAAUAAUUUUAAGCACACUAGUUUAAAAAUUUGUGGCAUAAAUCAUUAAAAUCUGCUAAUGUAUAAACAUACUGUACCAAUCAAUGAGUGAUUUAACUGAUUUGUCUGUCUUAAAUGUUGAUAUGGAGAUCGCUCUCAACAUUAUGCUGUUUUGUUCUCUCUCUAAUGUACUUUUUUAUUUAUUGAUUUGGUUCCUUUUAAAGUCGUAUUUAUGCUGUACCUCUAUGGUGACUACAAAGACUACAAACAGCCAGUCAUAUGCUUGUACUGUCUGUGUUGUUUUGGUGUGAACUAUAUUGUUGUCAUCUGUAAAGCUCUGUCUAUUUCAGGGGUUGGGAUUUCAUUGAGUGCAGUAAAUUUGCAAUGCAGAUAUAUAAUGAAACAGUGAACCUUUAUUUGCUUUUAAAGCAAGACAAAAACUCUAAAUACCACUACUGAUUUUGUAAAUAGAUGUUAAGUUUGAGGACUGUAUGUGUAAUGUAUAGGCAGAUAAUUCAAAAUAGGAUUGACCAAUUACUGCCAAGUUAAUUUUUUGCAUUUUUUAUUUUGUUUUUCCAUAACCUCAAAUUUUAAAUAUUUUGAGAGGAUUUUAUAAAUUAAGAUAAUUUCAGAGACUGUUCUGUUAAAGGGAAAUCUCACAGUACAUCCAGCUGAUCAUUUCAGUUGCCUUAUGUUGCACACUGAUGGUGUAAGCAUAGCUAGUGAAGCAAACAAGUUAUGGGCAGCAGGAUUUACAGUGAAAUUAAUGUUUUGUCCUUGAUGUUAUUUUUGGUUUUUGUAAAUAAAUACCCUGAGAACUUUA